AUGCUCAUUGACGGCAACUUUUCGGAGAGCGAGAUCCGUCCCCGGCAGUACCUUGGCGCCUUGUCGGCGCUGAGAUUGCUAGAGGAGUUGCAAAAAAAGCGCUACCAUGACAAUGCUGGUGAUAAGGAGGUUGAUUUCAUUGACGCAGAACGACGUCUGAUCUAUGUCGUUGAUCUAAGUCGCUGGGCCGUUCUUGCGCUCGUGGGAUCUGCCCCAGAAUCACUCUAUCGGCAACUGGCCGGCUUCUUACUCAAUUACAUCCUAUCCAGGCCUUGUUUAGGUGUGCAUUUUUCGACGGAAGGCCCUGAAACUUUUGUCAUUGAGUUUUCGUUUCCAUAUUGGGUAUGGCGGACGUCGAAGACCUUGAUACGAGACCAUCGCGCCAAAAGCUCAGACGAAAAGUCCCUCAGGUCUUCACUAGAUGUUUCAUUCUUACGCACUCUUGCUGGCUCUCAAUCCGAUAUCGAGGGCAUCGACGCCAUCUACUCAAGCCAUGUUAGCUGCAUCGUAACAGGUUAUGAUCAGUUUCGUUGGACCUGUAUUCUGCUGUGCGAAGCAUGGUUUGAAGUCGAAGUCAUUGGCUUGCCGACCCUCGAUAGCAUCGCACGAUACGAAGGCGAGCAGCAGGAUGUGGCGGAGUCGUUUGGUGUGGUCAAACCCUCAGAUCCUCUACUUCGUGGAAAGAGCGACAUGUUUGACUCAACAGCUGAAAUGUGGCUCCCUCGCCCCUAUUUUCUUCGCGCCCUUGAGAUUCGCCUAAGGCAGAUCUACACAGAAGUUGAUGGUGUAUUCAACAACAUCGAUAGAUGGAUGAAAGGCAUUAACGAGCAGCACCAUCGUCUUCUGCAGCGCCUGCACAAGUCUGCGCGUGAUCACCAGACUGCCACAAGAUGGGAGGAUAUCUUGGAUGAAUUGGACGAUUUUGAAGAAAGUAUUUCCGAUGCAGAAGGGAUAGUGAAAUCCCUAGCACAGACUGUGGAAGAGAUCGUUUCAAGCGGCAACUUGUUCAUGACGACAGACGUGAACUACUUCCUCCACACAGAAGGACGGCCAGGUGAUAUGUCAGCCUGCUACCCUUAUCUAUCGCAGAUACGAAGAAUCUUUUCAGAUUUUCGAAAACUGCGCCCCAGAUUUGACAAACUACAAACCCAGUAUCAGGAAAUGAUCAAGCAUGGCAAGGCUGCGAGAGCCAAGGCCUUACUUCGCAUCAAGCUCAACAAAGUCCAACAACCUAUGGUUACUCCAAGUUCAAUCUCAGUUCCAGCUUCUGCUGUGACGCACCAACAGUCCAUGGUAGUACGCGUUGCAUCUUGGAUGACUAUUAUCUCUCAGCCUCUUGUCAACAUAGCAGCUGUCUUUGGCUGCGACGAUAUCGUCAAAUACGGUCGGACGCCUGCAAAUUUCGUGAUCUCACUUGCACUAAUGAGCCUGGCUAUGGCAGUAAUCAUCGGGAUCUGCAUACGGCUAGCCUCUGGGAAUUUUGCAUGGCCGUUCACCAACCGCUAUCGACAAACGGGUACCGCGACCACCGCAAUUUCCAAUCUCAGAGACAACCCAGAAGAGACGAUUGAUGGCCACACAGCUCACCCAGUUCAACGGUGUCCUACAUUACACACAAGAUUCAUGAACUGGUGGCAGGGAUACCGCGUCGAGGAUCGCCUGCCUUUCAGGGCGGCCAUUGCCAUUGUGCCGCCUCCGCCACCGAGUAUAGAACUCACUGUCUUGAGUUUCAGGAGCGACACUGACUCGCGAGAGCAACACGACCAUUCAGAUCAAGCUGCCCCCGAAGCUGGCUCAGUUGUUAUGGCACAUGAUCGAUCGUGA